UGUAUUCCAUUUCAAGUCAGAUUUACAAUGACAUUAAAAAAAUAUAUUUCAAAUUUUUAAAUUUAGAUAAUAACAAAAUUAAAUCUUCUGUAAUUAAUAAUAAACUAACAAAAAAAAUAAUUAACUUUUUUUUUCUAUUUACAUUUAAAUAAAAUCGAUAGUAUAUUUAAAUAAAAGUGAACAAAAAACAAAUGGUGAUAGCUUUCAUUGGAUAAAAAUUUAAAUACAGAAUAAUAAAAUAAGUGUUAUUAGAUACAUAAAUAAAUAUGAAAUUAAUUAUAAAUAUUAUUUUAAAUUGUUGUUUUAUUGUUUUGGUAUUUUCUACCAAUGAUAAUUCAUCUGACUUGGGAACUAUUGUAUUUACAAACAUACUGUUUAGACAUGGAGACAGAACACCUGUGAAACCUUAUCCGAAUGAUCCUCAUGGUAAUGAAUCAGAAUGGCCUGUACCAUUUGGCCAAUUAACAAUUACGGGAAUGCAUCAACAUUUAUUAUUAGGUCAAUGGCUAAGGUCACGGUACCGUAACCUGAUAUCAGAUCACUAUUCGAUUAAUGAUAUUUAUGUACGUAGUACAGAUGUUGAUCGUACAUUAAUGUCAGCAGAAUCAAAUUUAGCUGGAUUGUACCCACCUAAAGGCAAUCAGAGAUGGGAUAACAUGAAAUGGAUGCCGAUACCAGUGCAUACGGUACCUGAGAAACUGGACAGUUUGCUAGCUGGUAAAAAAAAAUGCCCACGUUACGAUCAUGAACUAAAAUUACUUAUGGAAUCAGAGAUAUUUAAAAGAAUAAACCACCAGAAUUCAAAGCUGUAUGAUUACUUAACACAUAAUGCGGGGAAAAAAAUUGAUUCGCUGAAAGAACUUGAGUAUCUUUACAAUACAUUAUAUAUUGAGACCUUAUACAAUAAAACACUACCCGACUGGACAAAAUCAGUGUAUCCAGACAAAAUGAAACCGCUUGCAGACUUUAGUUUUAAAAUAGCAGCCUACAAUAAAAUAAUGCAGCGACUAAAAAUAGGUUUGCUGAUAGGAGAAAUGACUGAUCACAUGGUUUUAAAAUCGCACGGCAAAUUAUCACCUGAUAGAAAAAUAUGGAUGUAUAGCGCUCAUGAUGAUACUGUAGCUAAUUUAUUGAUGGCAUUAAAUUUAUUUUAUCCUCACUGUCCGCCUUACGCGGCGACAGUUCUCAUUGAAUUACGAACAAAUUUAAUUAAUGAAUUUUUGGUGACGAUUUCUUAUAAAAAUACUAGCGGAGAGCCAAGUCUGUUAACAUUACCAGGUUGUACGCCAUCUUGUCCACUUGAUGACUUCAUUAGAUUAACUAAAGAUGUCGUGCCGACUGAUCUUGAGAGAGAAUGUCUGAUUGGUUCAUUAGAUAAUCAAAAUAUUUUAAGCUCUAAUCAAAAUGGUUACCGCAGUUUUGACAAUGGUGUUAACAUUCCUAUGGUAUUAGGAGUGUUGAUAUCGACAAUAGUGAUGAUUACUAUAAUGAUCGUACUGAUAUUAUUUUUUUAUUGGCAUUAUAAACGUAAUUACCAUCAGUAUUACUUGCGUCUUUCAACAGAACCACUUUAGAAGACUUUUUAAUUUUUUAAUUACAAAAACUAUAUAUUUAUUAUCAAUUAAUUGUUGUAGUAUAUGUUUUUUUGCAUAAUAUAAUUAUAAUACAGAAUAUUUUUCUGGAACACUGCGCUACCGGAAGGUCGAGGGUUCGAUUCCGACGCAGUGUCUAUGUUUUAAAAUUAAAUAUAUUUUUAAUAUUUCCUUUAAGAUGCAUAGAAAGUUAUUAAAUUAUUUACAAUAUAUUACAAAAAAUUGUUAACUAAAUCAUUGAAUUCCCUGGUAGAAAUUUGUCCCGGUAUACCCGAUUACAAAACAGCACCUGAUUAGGGGAAUGACUGAUGUCCUGAUUAUAUGAAUUCCAGAGAAAGUCAGGUCAUGAGAAAAUCUAUAACCUGGCCAGUAGGUGCUGAGCCAGUUACAAAUAUUCUAAUAAUAUUUCAUGAUUAUCCUUGGCGGGCCUGAUCUUACAGUAGGUCUGCCGUAACUUCCGGUAUAUCUACCGUAACAUUACUACGAUAUUAUGAUAAAUUACCGCGAUGAUGUAGUCAAAUUACCCUAAACUUACUGUCAACAUGUCGUAACCCUGCUUAAAAAAUCCGAUAGAUUCUUAUCGCUGUAUGUAUAGACCCUAUACUUAACUAUAGUACUUCUCAUAGAACUCAUUCAUUUUUAUAAUAUCUUUAUCAUAAUUUAUGAGAAUUUACUGGAUUCUAUGAGAUUUUCUAAACAGGGAAUUUACAGUACAUUUAUUGUAAAAAAAUUAGAUUUACUUGAGAUUUAAUUACUUGAAGGGAAAGUUUACAUGUCGCUGUUUACACAGUUAAAAAAAUUGUUUGAAUUUUAAAAACAUUGUAUAUAACGCAAUAAACACAUCCAUUUGUGCUUGAAAUUUCAUUACUAAUUUCAUAUAGAAUUUAAAAUACACGUUUUUGAAUUUUCAA